AUGGCUGAGCGGGAGGACGCGGAGGCUCUGGGGUUGCCAGCCGCGUCGCUCUGCCCCGCGCUCGGCCUCAGCGUUCAGCCGCCGGCUGCCUCCCGCCUGUUCGAGCUGUAUCGGCUCCAGGCGGAGCUCUUGCGGCGUAGGAGGGCGCUGGAGAUGGCGGAGCGGGAGCGACGUCGGCGGCAGUACCUGCGGAGGCGGCGAGCCUUCCUGCUGUCCUCCGUGGCCGCCGUCCUCAGCCUUGUCGGCUCCACCGGCAGGCUGGUCUGGGUCCGGAACCGAACUCCCGGGGAGAACUUCUGGGCCGCGGCGGCGAUGUUCGACGACGACGCGUGGAAGGCGCAGUUCCGCGUGACCCGGGCGACCUUCGAUUACCUUGUCGAACUCCUCGGACCGGCGAUUAAGCGACGCCGCACGAACUACCGCGUCCCCAUCGAGCCGAGCCGCCGCCUCGCCAUCGCGCUGUGGUGGUUCGCGCGCUCCGGGGAGUACCGCUCCAUCGCCGACAUGUUCGGCGUGGGCAUCGCCACCGUGUGCACCAUCGUGCGGCAGGUCACGGCGGCAAUCGUGGAGCGGCUGUACAGGCGCUUCGUGUCGCUGCCACGCGGACAGCGCCUGGACGACACCAUCCGCGCCUUCAAGGACCGCUGCUACCCGCAGUGCGCAGGUGCCAUCGGCGGCACGCAUAUCCCUAUCGGGCCGCCGCGGGACAACCCGGACCACUACCUGAACCGGCGGGGCUGGCACUCUGUGAUCCUGCAGGCCGUGGUGGACCACGACGUCUGUUUCACUGACGUGUAUGCCGGCUGGCCCGGAAGCACGAGCAGCGCUGCCGUCCUGUCCGGCUCAGACCUGUACCUGAAGGCGGAGGACCGCCCGGACGGUUACCUGUUCCCCAGGGAGAACUCGCUGCUGAGCGACGGCGUGGAGAUCCCCGUGCAUCUGAUCGGCGACGCGUCGUUCCCGCUGAAGCCCUGGCUCAUGAAAGGAUACAGCGAGGAGCACCCGCUGUCCAACGAGCAGCGGCGCUUCACCUACGCGCUCGCCGCAGCUCGCUCUGUGGUCAACAUCGCCUUCAUGCGUCUGAAAGGACGCUGGCGGUGCCUCCUGAAGAAGAGCGACCUUGACGUCUCCAUGAUGCCCAAAGUGGUGGCGGCCUGCUGCGUCCUGCACAAUGUAUGCGAGCGGCGGGGAGACGCCUUCCUCCCCGAGUGGAGCGUGGAGAUGGCCCCAUCAGGAAUGUAUUUAAUCCAACCGGAAAUCGAGGCGUACGACGGAGACGCAUACUGCGCGGCGGAAGUGAUCAGACGCACCAUCGCCUACAACCUGCUCACCGUGCUGCAGUACUGACCUCAGGACAGGUGAGGUCACAGCGGCAUAGACACGUGCAGGUAAACGAAGGAAAAAACGGCUCACUUCCUGAACAUCAGCUGAUUUUAGUCAAUAAAACACUUUAUUAUGAAAAGAAUUAAUUUCAUUGACACUUUAUUUUGGUAGAAAUGAUCCAAAAGCUGUAUGGGGGAGGAUGUUUCUAUAACUCACCUGAGUAAAGUUUGCAUUAUUCGAGGCGUGGGUCUCUGACUGACAGGUGGAUGGUGACAUAGGCGACUGUAGCUGCUAGCUGUCUGCUGGGCUUCACCUGAACUCCACCUCUGGAACCUGUUUGAGCUGUUGGAGCAUUUUUAAUGCAAUGAGCUGACCAAUAAUAUGGCUGCUGUGGCUUCAUUGGACUUACAGACUGUCUAAGAAGGCGGAGCUACAGCUUCAGGAUGUAUCUGGACAUCAUUGAUCAGCAGGUGUCAGUUUGGUGACUCCUCCUCCUCAUCUAAAUGCAGUCACACCUGGAGACAAAGCAGGAUGGCUUUGAGGCAGAAAUUGUGGCUGAUCUGUUGGCGGGUUUGGGUGGAAACUGCUUAAAGUGUCUGUUAUCCUGCUCAUUCCCAGCUUUAUAUUUUCAUGCUCAGCCUGCACUACUACAGGAUCACUUCAGUUCUUCUUUGUGAUUUAUUUAAUUUUUCUUGAAAUAAAAUUGUAUUGUUAAAAUCCAGAAUGAGUUGAUGCCAAAGGAAACUGAAGGUG